CAUUUAUGAUAAUUACAGUUGUAAUAAUUUAAACACAGUCCAAACAAAAACAGCCAAGUUUGAAAAUUAAAGCAAAGCACAAAGAGCCCACACCAACUAACAAAUUUACAUAAGUUUGAAUACGUAAUCGAAUAAGUAGCACUAAGUAACGUGUUUGCUUAAUAAGUACCAUGGGAAAUCUCUACAUAUUAAUAAGGUGUUUUCGAACUUUUAAGGCCUUUACUGCUAAAACUCAAUUCAAACGCUUUUGCGACAAACUAAUAUAAAAACUAGAAGUCGCUAAGUAAAUUGUAUCAGUACUCAAGUCACCCAACUUAGUAAAGCACAAACCAACUCAAAAUGUCUCGCUUCUUUCAAAUCCUGCUCGUCGUCUGCCUGGCCGUCGCGCUCUGUGCCGCUGAAGCGCCACGCUACCGCAGCCGCAACGGCCGCCUACAACUAUCCAAGCAACACAGUCGUUUCUUGGCACGCCAGGAAGUCGCCGAAGAAGCUAAUGUUACGCCAUACCCCUCCGCCAAAGAAUUGAUACCCGAGAUUCCAUUCGAUGAAGUUGGAGCUGCUGCUGCUGCACCGGAGGUGCCCGUUGCACCUGAAACUGAUGUAAAUGUUUCUGUGAAUGCUGAUCUCCCUGCUGAACAGCAACCAGCUGAUGAUGAGGAAGAAGUGGUCGAAGCUGCUGUCGCUGAUGAUGCUGAGGGUGAACACGAGCCCGAUCUAAUCUAUGGCCCACCAGAGGCUGAGGAUGUGCCAGCUGUGAACGAAAUCACACCCGUUGAGGAAAUCGAAGCCACCAUUGCCGAGGAAGAGGAGCAAGCUGAAGCCGCCGAGGCUGCUGAGGAGGAAAUCCAAUCUGCGCGUUUGACAUCUGGUCGUCGCUUCAACGUAGGCAAAUUUUCCGCUCGUCCAGCCAAGUUGCGCACUCCUGUUUCUACCCGCGCGCGCACCACUGCCGUCAAGUCUGCACGCAUCAUCAAAGCCAAGACAUCGGCCAAAGCUCCUCCCGCUCGGCUACAACAAUUGCCACAACAACAACAGUUCUUGGUUCCGCAACAAUUUGCCGCUCGGCAGCAGGCACAGCAACCCAUCUUCUACUACUCCGCCGCUCAACUGCAGCAGUGGUAAAGCGGGCAAGCGGAAAUAAUUGAAGAUAUGACUAAGGAUUAUAGACUAAUAGGGAUGAAGAGUUUUCAGCGCUUUAAGUAAAUAUGAGAAGUAUAGAAAAUUGUUAAC